GGCGGAUGAAAGGGAAGAAAAUAUAAGUCAAACUCGAACUGAUUUAGUCCAGUAAAAUACAUUUAUUUAGAUAAUAAUAACAAGGAUCUUCUUUACAAAGUCUUUAACACUGAUGAAGAACUACUGUUUCUUGCAUAUUUCUAUAUUUUUUGCACUUUUAGUUCAAAGCAAAUUUGAUUCUUGUGUUUUGUAUAAUCCGUUCUCAUGGAAUCCGUUUAAAGACCAAGAUAAAUUCUGUCUAUUAUCCAAGGAGAAUUUGAAACCAAAGUACAUUGAAUUAUCCAAAUUUCCUAAAAUUCACCUGUAUAAAAGCUGCAUAUCAGAAAAGCAAAGAAAAGAGCUAUUAAGCCUUGCAGCUCAAAGACUUUCAUCUGAAACAGACAGUGGCUUUUCAUCCUCAUUGUAUCUAAGAGAUACAGGUGAUGCAGAAUUACCAAUUUUAAAAGAAAUUGCAAAAUUAGCUGGAAACUUAUCUGGACUACCAUGGAAUAAUGCAGAACCUAUUUCAUUGACCAAGUAUACAUUGAAGCAAAACUAUGGUCUUCACUACGAUUCAGGUUUCUUAAUGAAUGGCAAAAGGACCAACAGAAAAGCAACAGUUUUGCUGUAUUUGAAUAAUGUUAAAAAAGGAGGAGAAACAGUAUUUCCAUUUGCCACAAAUCAAACAGAUUCUAUAGAACAUAACCAGGUGGAAAGGAAACCUAUUCAAGAAGUGUGUGCAAGUGAAAGAGGAGUAAAGAUACCUCCAGUACUUGGCUCAUGUGUUGUAUUCUAUAGUCAUUUAGAUGAGGCAUCUCAAGUAGAUCCCUUGUCAUUACAUGGUUCCUGUCCAGUUCUCUCUGGUGAAAAGUGGAUUGCACAAAUGUGGGUUCGUGGAAAAAUAGAAAAUGAGAAGGAUACUUUCUGGAAAGAUUAAUUAAUCAAUUUUAAUUGUAAUAUUUAUUGAAAUAAAUAAUUUUUGAUAGCUAGGGGCAGAAUGCAUGUUGGAAGUUGAACAUGUUUCUCACAAAGUUUACGAAAAAUAAAAAAAUAAAAAUUUUUAC